AUGGAAUCCAGGGAGAGCACGGCGUCCACCUACCAGUUCAUGGCCGAGGCCAACCGGUCCCGGGAGGAAGAGGAGAGCGUAGCGCCCCGGGUGGCCACGGAGAGCAUGCAGCUGAAGCAGGAGAUCUCGCUGCUGAACGGGGUCAGCCUGGUGGUGGGCAACAUGAUCGGCUCGGGGAUCUUUGUCUCGCCCAAGGGCGUGCUGGUGCACACGGCCUCCUACGGGCUGUCGCUGGUGGUCUGGGCCAUCGGCGGGCUCUUCUCGGUGGUGGGCGCCCUCUGCUAUGCGGAGCUGGGGACCACCAUCACCAAGUCCGGGGCCAGCUACGCUUACAUCCUGGAGGCCUUUGGCGGCUUCAUUGCCUUCAUCCGCCUGUGGGCCUCCCUGCUCAUCGUGGAGCCCACUAGCCAGGCCAUCAUCGCCAUCACCUUUGCCAACUACAUCAUCCAGCCCUCCUUCCCCACCUGCGACCCCCCUUACCUGGCCUGCCGUCUGCUCGCUGCUGCUUGCAUAUGUCUGCUGACAUUUGUGAACUGUGCCUACGUCAAAUGGGGCACCCGUGUGCAGGAUGCGUUCACGUACGCGAAGGUCCUGGCGCUCAUUGCCAUCAUUGUCAUGGGCCUGGUGAAACUGUGCCAGGGACACUCUGAGCACUUUCAGGACGCCUUUGAGGGUUCCUCCUGGGACAUGAGAAACCUCUCUCUCUCCCUCUACUCUGCCCUCUUCUCUUACUCAGGUUGGGACACCCUUAAUUUUGUAACAGAAGAAAUCAAAAACCCAGAAAGAAAUUUGCCCCUGGCCAUUGGGAUUUCUAUGCCGAUUGUGACGCUCAUCUACAUUCUGACCAACGUGGCCUAUUACACGGUGCUGAGCAUUUCAGACGUCCUUGACAGUGACGCCGUGGCCGUGACGUUUGCUGACCAGACAUUUGGGAUGUUCAGCUGGACCAUCCCCAUCGCUGUCGCCCUGUCCUGCUUCGGGGGCCUCAACGCGUCCAUCCUUGCUUCAUCAAGGUUGUUCUUCGUGGGCUCCCGAGAGGGCCACCUCCCAGACCUUCUGUCCAUGAUCCACAUCGAGCGUUUUACACCCAUCCCUGCGUUACUGUUCAAUUGCACAAUGUCACUCAUCUACCUCACCGUGGAGGAUGUUUUCCUGCUCAUCAACUACUUCAGCUUCAGCUACUGGUUUUUUGUGGGCCUCUCUGUUGCUGGACAGCUCUACCUUCGCUGGAAGGAGCCCGAUCGGCCCCGGCCUCUCAAGCUGAGCCUGUUUUUCCCCAUCGUGUUCUGCAUAUGCUCCUUGUUUCUGGUGAUUGUGCCCCUCUUUGGUGACACCAUCAAUUCCUUCAUUGGCAUUGGGAUUUCCCUCUCCGGAAUCCCCGUCUACUUCCUGGGCGUUUACCUGCCAGAAUCCCGGAGGCCACACUUUGUCCGGAAUAUCCUGGCUGCUAUCACCAAAGUCACCCAGAAGAUUUGCUUUUGCGUCCUGACUGAGCUAGAUGUAGCUGAAGAGAAAAAGGUCGAGAGGAAAACUGACUAG